GACAGUGUAAUCCUCCAAGUGCAGUCUACAUAGUGGGGUUAAACCACAAUGCAUGUACAUUGUAGACUAUCUGACACUUGGGUUGUGUGAACACUUGCGUUAUUAGGGGCACCGGUUCUUUCGCUGGAAGUGGAUAGAGGCGUGUCCCACUGACAUGCAUAUAAUAGUUAGUCGUGCCGCGAUAGGCUUUGGCUUCCCAGUCCUCCGCUCCCUCUGUGCUCUCAGCAGGUUCACCGGCACUCGCAGGCUCUCUACAAUGGCAGAACAAGUGGUAUUCAACAAGCCAAAGAUUGAACUUCAUGUGCACCUUGAUGGAGCUAUUAGGGUGCAGACCAUUCUUGAUGUUGCCAGGAGACGCGGCAUCUCUCUGCCAGCAGAUACUGUGGAGGAGAUGACACAGAUUAUCAUCGUUCAAAAGCCCGCCAGCCUCACCGAGUUCCUUGGCAAGUUCGCCGAGUACAUGCAUGUUGUUGCUGGAGACAGAGAAGCCAUCAAGAGGAUAGCCUACGAGUUUGUCGAGGACAAAGCCAAGGAGGGAGUAAUUUAUGUCGAGGUUAGAUACAGUCCACACUUCCUGGCAAACACUCAAGUGGAUCCCAUCCCAUGGAACCAGGAGGAGGGUGACAUCAGCCCAGACGAGGUGGUGCAUCUGGUUAACGAGGGCCUGAAAGAGGGGGAGAGGGCCUUCAAUAUCAAAGCCAGGUCCAUUCUAUGCUGCAUGCGCCACAAGCCAAACUGGUCCAUGGAGGUGGUGGAGCUGUGCAAAAAAUAUCAUCAAGAGGGAGUGGUAGCCAUCGACUUGGCCGGUGAUGAAUCACUGAACAGCGAAGCCUGUCCAGGGCACAGGAAGGCCUACGAGGAAGCAGUGCGCUGUGGGAUCCACAGAACAGUUCACGCGGGAGAAGUGGGCCCGGCUUCUGUGGUGAAAGAGGCAGUCGAGGUCUUGAAAGCGGAGCGGGUCGGACACGGUUACAGAACCCUGGAGGACCAAGGCCUGUACAAAAAACUGCUGGCCCAGAACAUGCACUUUGAGGUAUGCCCCAUAUCCAGUAAACUAACAGGAGCCUGUGACCCAGACUUCACCAAGCAUCCCGUCAUCACGUUCAGGAAAGACAAGGCCAACUACUCCCUGAAUACAGACGAUCCUCUCAUCUUCAACUCCACCCUGCACCUCGACUACUGCACCGCACAGAAAUACAUGGGAUUCACCGAGGAGGAAUUCAAAAGAGUGAACAUCAACUCAGCACAGUCCUGCUUCCUGCCUGACAAGGAGAAGAAGGACCUCCUCAACAAACUGUACGAAGCCUAUGGGAUGGUGCAGAGCACUGCCUUUUAGAGGAAGCACUGAAGAGGAAAUGUGAGCUAACCCAGGGACAAGCCACUUUGCACCUCAUUUGUAACCAGCCAUAAAUAAACCCUCUAGGGUGAGAAAUAUGUGAAGUAUACUGUACAUCAUAAACUGCUACUAUCGCCUCAACUCUCAUCAUCAUUUUUACCAGCUAAUGUAUUGUCAUGGAGGCUUAUGUGUUGUCAGUAUUCCAUCUAAGCACUUACAUGUUUGAUACUCCAGUUUACAGUGCAAUUUGUGAAAAUAUCAUGGUCUUAAAUAACAUUGAAUCAUUAAGUCAUGCGUUCCCGAUUUCUUAAAGUGAAGGUCAAUCCAUGGUCUUGAAGACAAAGGCAAAAAAGUGUUUGUGAAGCAGACUGUGCUAUGCAUUCUGGUCAAAAACUCAGGACACAUUCUCCACCUUGUGUUUACAUCCUGUUGUCACCUACAAACAAAAAUCAGGGUAAACUGAGAAUGUACUGUAUAUGUUUAUGGUGCAGGAAACAUUACUCAGCAGUCAUAUGGAAUCACACGGCUCCUAACAUCGUUGUCAGCGCUAAGGAAAUUUAGAAGCAGCCUGUUAUUCAUCAUUGUCAUAGCAACAAUAUUGUUAUCUUUCCCAAAAUAGCAUUAUAUUGUCCUAAAUGUCUAUGGUAAGAGGGUGGAAGCACCACAGAUAGGAUGAAAGAAUGCCAUGAAGGAUGAUUUACGACAGUGCAGAGGGAAAGAAAUCAGCGCCUAAGGAAAAUAUAUUGUUCUGUGAAUCUCUAUUGUUUGGCCUAAGAGUGAACUAAAGAAAUCCAAUGCCAUAACUAUGACAACAGACAUCUUCUUGUGAUGUUUUUUUUUUUUUUUCUUCCUCUCCACAUACAAAAAUGCACAUCAGGUAUAACAGCUCAGUACCAAAUGUUUUUAGUCCUUCAUUUGAACACUAGGUGGCACACUACGGUCAUCUUGAAGGACAAAUAUCUUGACUUGAAUGAUAUUGUGGAAUUACUCCCAUGGAAUAAUGUAUUUUGAUGUGUAUUUUUUUUAAAAAACCCUUUUUGCAGUUUACUAAAUGAAAAAGCACUUCAAUUUAUUGCUGCCACAUGAAAUACAUUUAUAACCACAAUAAACGCUACAAUAAAUGUA